GAUGUAGCCGAGGGGCCGCGACGAGGAUUCAGAGAAAACCAGGGGGAGAGUAAACAGCAAAAUGGCCCGCCGCGGAAGCACAUUGUGGAUACCUAUACAGAGUUUUACCACACACCCACCCACAGCGAUGCCAGCAAGAAGCGACUGAUCGAAGACACCGAAGACUGGCAUCCCCGGACAGGCACCACCCAGUCCCGCUCUUUCCGCAUCCUUGCCCAAAUCACCGGCACUGAUCGGAUGAAAGAACCAGAACAUGAAGCUGCAAAGAAGACUAAUGAUUCCUUGGAGGCUACCCAACCCGCUGCUUUUACGGCUGCCUCGGCAAGGAGCAAGCCCGCCCCCCAAGAAAAUGCCGACGUGAGACCUGCUCCCGCCAGCACCACGUCUGCUGCAGCCCUCAAGCCAACGGGACCCCCGGGUGCUGCCAAGUACUCGGGCUGGCAGCCUGCAAACCAAGCAGCUCCUGCCAGUGGAUGGACAUCAAACAGUAUUAAACCGCCAGGAACAACUGACCCGAGUGAAAAAUUUGCGACAGCACCUCAGCUAAAUGAGCAAGACACGUUGGUUCAGCGGGCAGAGCAUAUUCCUGCAGGAAAGCGUACUCCCAUGUGUGCGCACUGUAAUCAAGUCAUUAGAGGACCCUUCUUGGUGGCUUUGGGGAAGUCGUGGCAUCCAGAGGAGUUUAAUUGUGCUCAUUGCAAAACCUCCAUGGCUUACAUUGGAUUUGUGGAAGAGAAAGGGGCCCUGUAUUGUGAGGUCUGCUAUGAGAGGUUCUUCGCCCCUGAGUGUUCAAAGUGCCAAAGGAAGAUACUUGGGGAAGUAAUAAAUGCUUUGAAACAAACUUGGCAUGUUUCCUGCUUCGUGUGUGUGGCCUGUCAUAACCCCAUCCGCAAUAAUGUCUUCCACUUAGAAGACGGCGAUCCCUACUGUGAGACGGAUUACUAUGCCCUCUUCGGUACUAUGUGCCGUGGCUGUGAAUUCCCCAUUGAAGCUGGAGACAGGUUUCUUGAAGCUCUGGGCCACACUUGGCAUGACACUUGCUUUGUAUGCUCAGUAUGUAGUGACAGUUUGGAGGGUCAGACUUUCUUCUCCAAGAAGGACAAGCCACUGUGCAAGAAACAUGCUCACUCUAUCAACAUCUGAUGCUUGGAGCUCAUCUUGUGUAACAAAUGUACUGAGCAGAAAGAAAGGUUAAAAUGUCUGUGUUCAAUAAUUGGUUAAAAUUAUAUAUGAUUUUAUGUAGGAUUUUCUAGAAUGGUAGAGAAAUGUGGAAACUU